AUGGCAAGACUGAGGAGCUCCCCUGAGAUCUGGCCAGGAGUCCCCGGCCAGAUGGGCCUGGCCCAUCCCUACAAGGCGUCGACCUGGGACCGAUCCCAAAGAGCCAGGAUGCGGAGUCGCAGGAUGCGCAUGCGCAGUUUGGCAGUUCGCUCGCCCACCCCCCCCGACCCUCGUCCUCUCGGAGCACCUGCCCUCAGGCGUCCAGGAGCCGUAGGGCUGUGUGAACAGGUCCGGUCCAGCCUCGCAGCCCAUCUUCCUGGGGGCGGCCUCUGUGGGAGUCAGGCCUCCGAGGCAUCUCUCAGCAGCAGAGGACUUUCCCACGGGGCCCGGGACGGCAAGACUGAGGAGUUCCCGAGAUCGGCUUCAGGGGAACAGGCGUCUCUGUUUGGGGGCGGGCUGGACCUUGGCAGCGCCUUGCUGCCCCGGAACUCCCAGCCUGCGGCCUGGCCUCUCCCGCCACUGCCCAGACCCGGCUGGGCAGCGGGCUGGACCUUGGCCCGACCUUGCAGUCAUAAAAAUAAGCCAACUCCUGUAUUUGCACUUAGCCGGAAGUUUGCAGGUGGAAAAACUGAAUAUGCACUGACUUGGCCUAAGUUUUGUAGAGCUGUGAAUAAUUUUAAAAUGGGUACAAGGUGUGAAGAUACUUUUGUCAUAAGCAAAUGCCCUGUAAAGGCAUCUACUGCAGAGGAGGCUUCAGUAACCAGGCCAACAAGCUCCCCACCGGGGUAAGGGACAUCACCUAGACAAAACCCCAAUAUUCUCAGGAGCUAAAAUGUCCAAGGAAAGUGCAUCCUUCCCUACUCCCCAAGGGAUGAAGCAUGAAUAUCUA